UACCAUCGGCUAUAUCGUUGUUCUACUCGAGCAUUGCGAAGAGUGCCGAAGUGAUCCUAGUAAACGAGGGAGAUAAAUUGUCGGACGGUUGUCUUCGCCCAGCUAUGGAGCCUUCUUCAUCACAUCUUUUCACGGGGCCUUCGCUUGACGUGAUUCUGACAACAACAAGCUUUGACACAUCGAGCACACCGAUUUCGUCAACACCCGCCAAAAGGAGACAAGAC